AUGCCGCCGAAGUUCCACCCCAACGAGAUUAAAGUCGUCUGUGCAGGGAAAGCCGUGCGCUCCCACUUCAGCACUGACUGUGGUCACUGUCACGCUGGAACCGACCCCAGUGGCCCCUGCAGAGGGUUUCAGAGGCUGCAGAUCACGCUGGACGAGAGCAGCAGGCCCGCUCUAUUCCGCCUAAGUCCCAUCCAGACCCCGCCCAGGGCAUCACGUGAGCCGGCGACCCGGAGGCGGAACUGGGUGUGGUGUGGACCCGGCAGCGCCGAGCCGAGCGCGGAACCCCGGCUGUGCCGCCUGCGAGUGGGGUACCACGGCCCCGCACGCCCGCACCUCCAGCACCCCGCCAUGCGUCCCCAGGCACCCCACAACCCGCGCCCAGCUGUGCGUCCCCCGCAACCCCACAGCCUGUGCCCUACUGUGCGUCCCCCGGCGCCCCACAGCACGCGCCCAGCCGUGCGUCCCCCGCCACCUCGCACCCCGCGUUCAGCCAUGCAGCCCCCGCAGUCCCCCUCCGCGCGCCCAGCUGUGCGUCCCCCAGCGCCCCACACUCUGCGCCCAGCUGUGCGUCCCCCGGCGCCCCACACUCUGCGCCCAGCCGUGCGUCCCCCGCCACCUCGCCCCUUGCGCCCAGCCGUGCGUCCCCUACAGUCCCCCUCCUCGCUAUUCGCUCUCCUGGCCGCCCUGCUCCCCAUGCUCUCCGCCGUCCUCGCAGAACCCCCGCUUCUGGUGCGCGUGGACGCAGCCCGCACGCUGCGGCCCCUGCGACCCUUCUGGAGAAGCACGGGCUUCUGCCCCCCACUGCCACAUGACCAGGCUGACCAGUACGACCUCAGCUGGGACCAGCAGCUCAACCUUGCCUACGUGGGCGCUGUCCCUCACGGGGGCAUCGAGCAGGUCCGGACUCACUGGCUGCUGGACCUCGUCACGGCCAGGGGGUCAGCUGGGCAGCGCCUGAGUUACAACUUCACCUUCCUGGACGGGUUCCUGGACCUUCUAGGGGAGAACCAGCUGGUCCCAGGCUUUGAGCUGAUGGGCAGCCCCUCGGGCCGCUUCACGGACUUUGAGGACAAGCAGCAGGUGGUGGAGUGGAAGACGCUGGUCUCGCUGCUGGCCCGGAGAUACAUCGGUAGGUACGGGCUGGAACAUGUUUCAAAAUGGAACUUUGAAACGUGGAAUGAGCCGGACCACCACGACUUUGACAACGUGUCCAUGACCACACAAGGGUUCCUGAAUUACUAUGAUGCCUGCUCUGAGGGUCUGCGAGAGGCCAGUCCCGCUCUGCGGCUGGGCGGCCCGGGCGACUCCUUCCGGCCCCCGCCACGCUCGCCCCUGUGCUGGAACCUUCUGGAGCAUUGUCACAACGGGACCAACUUCUUUACUGGGGAGACUGGUGUGCGCCUGGACUACAUUGCACUGCACAAGAAGGGCGCAGGGAGCUCCAUCCACAUCCUGGACCAGGAGUUGGAGACAGUGCGGCAGAUCCAGAGCCUCUUUCCCAAGUUCGCGGACACCCCAGUUUACAACGAUGAGGCCGACCCACUAGUGGGCUGGUCGCUGCCGCAGCCGUGGAGGGCCGACGUGACCUACGGGGCCAUGGUCGUGAAGGUCAUCGCCCAGCACCAGAAUCUGCUGAUUGCCAACAGCAACUCCUCCAUCCGCUAUGCGCUCCUGAGCAAUGACAACGCCUUCCUGAGCUACCACCCGCACCCCUUCACGCAGCGCACGCUCACCGCCCGCUUCCAGGUCAACAACACGCACCCACCGCACGUGCAGCUGCUGCGCAAGCCGGUCCUCACCGCUAUGGGGCUGCUGGCCCUGCUUGAUGAGGAGCAGCUGUGGGCAGAGGUGUCGCAGGCGGGGACAGUGCUGGACAGCAAUCACACGGUGGGCGUCUUGGCCAGCGCCCACCGCCCCGCGGGCCCUGCUGACUCUUGGCGCUCCACGGUUCUGAUCUACGCAAGCGAUGACACUCGUGCCCGUGUCAACCUCAGUGCCACCAUGACCCUACACCUGCGUGGGGUGCCUGCGGCGCCAGACUUGGUCUACGUGAUGCUCUCCAUGGACAACCGGCGCUGCAGCCCCUACAGCAAGUGGCAGCACCUGGGCCAGCCCGUCUUCCCCUCGGCAGGGCAGUUCCGGCGCAUGCGUGCAGCCGAGGACCCCGUGGCCGCAGCCCCGCGCCCCUUCCCCGCCACAGGCCGCCUGACGCUGCCGCUGGAGCUGCAGCUGCCCUCGCUGUGGCUGCUGCACGUGUGUGCGCGCCCAGAGUGGCCACCGGGCCCGGUGACCCGGCUCCGGGUGCUGCCCCUGACCCGCGGCCAGCUGCUUCUGGUCUGGUCCGAUGAGCGAGUGGGCUCCAAGUGCCUGUGGACGUAUGAGAUCCAGUUCUCUCAGGGGGGUGAGGCAUAUACCCCCAUCAGCAGGAAGGCGUCGACCUUUAACCUCUUCGUGUUCAGCCCAGACUCCAAGGUCGUCUCUGGCUUCUACCGGGUCCGUGCUGUGGACUACUGGACCCGGACUGGCCCAUUCUCGGAUCCCGUGCAGUACCUGGAGGUCCCUGCCCGCCACUCCUCACAUGGAGGGCUGCUGGGCAGGGACAGGUGUGAGCUGCGGGUGAAGGCAGCACAGCUGUUCACCGUGGCUGUGCAGUCCCUGGAGAGUGUCAUGACCUCAUAUGGGGCAAAACGUUCCUGUCCCUCUGUGUCCCAGCCACCAAGUCCUGCCAGCCGUCACGUCAGCGUGGUCAUUCUUCCAGCGGGAAUCACCUGGUCCAUCCGCGUGGACUCCAGCAGCUCAGGGUCAGUGUUUGGGCACCCCCGCGUGGCCGCCAGAGGUCAGUGCGUCCCCGCGCAGGGCGGCCCGGGGCGGGGCUCGCGGACCCCGGCGCCGCCCCCGCGCGUCCUUCCGCCUCCUCGGCCACGUCCCGAGGGGCCGCUGGCGUCUGCGGUUCUGGCGGCGGGGGAGGGGGGAUCCCCGGGGGAGGGGGGAUCCCCGGGGCCCCAGGACGCGGCUGCAGGGGAGGUGGCUGGGGGGGCCCCAGGCCCCGCCCACUUCCUCCUCGCACUUCUACCUGGCAGCCCGACGCACCUGCGGGCGCUCCCCGCCCCUCCUCGCCCCCUCCGCCGCCCGCCCUUGACCGCCUCCGCCGCCCACUUCCUGUUCCUGAGCGCCCACUUGCACAGCUACCUGCGCGCACACCUGCCCCUGACAGGCGCACACACCUGUCGGCCCCGUCACGCGUCGGUGGUGUCUCCGCACAAGGCUGUGUGCAAGGCCGGGGCCGCCGUCGCACCAGCCGCGCGUGACCUCUUCCUCCACCUGCCCACUGUGGCGGUGACCUCCAGCGCCAGGGCGCCUGUCUGCCAACCCCGGGUGCCCUCGGGUGGGCCUGGACCGCCUUUCCUGGCCGAUGCCAAGACCCAGCCUCUGCUUCGUCAGCUGCUGGGCUUGCCUCCCUGUGCCCCUGCCCCACUACUGGAGCUGCAAGACGGGCAGAGGCGCACGGCACUGCGUAGCCACAGCAGGAUCAGGCUCCCGGGCCCGGACCUCCUGGCGUCUGGUGAGCGCCCGGCGUCUGUCCAGUUUCCCCCCUUCUGGGCGCCCUGGGAGAUGGCCCAGCCCGGGGCGGACGCUGGCCAGAGGUCAUGCGGCGUGGGCCUGACCAGAACAGGCUCUAGGAUCCGGCCAGAGGGUGGCCUGAGGCUGCGCUCGGAGUUUCGAGGCCGCCCUCUUCACCCCGGGUCCCGGGCGCGAUGGGCGCAGGUGCGGGUGGGCGCCUGGCACCUGGCACAGCCCGGGUCUCUGCGCGAGAACAGCUCAGUGUCCAGCCCCCGCAGGACGGGAGGACGGGAUACCGAGGUCCACCGGCGCAAAUUUGUCCGCUAA